ACUCAGCCGCCACGUGCGUUUAGUAGUGCUGCCACAGAGGCUUCAACAGAGGAUAGUGUGGAUGAGAGCUUGGUCAACUUCACUGACUAUGAAGGCCUUGAUUGGAGUCGUGUGAAGGGCUUCGCGCCGCCUCUCAGUACACCUACAGGCAAACCCAGCUGGGUAUAUAGGCAUGGCUGGCGGAUUUGGAAGGAGCACACACAGCCCGAACAGCUCUACUUUCUCUGCAAGUACUGCCACACACAAAGGAAGCCUGGCGGCUUACUACAGGUUGGAUCGGCAACCAGCUCUGCUAUCACACAUUUGAAAGCUGAUAAACCUGGCCAUCAGCUUAGCAAAGACGGGCUUAUAGUCCGCCAGAAGCUGCUCUAUACUGGUCAACCAUCAAUACGAUCAGUACUACAAAACGGUGUCAAAUUCAGUCACAACACCUAUCGAGAGCUGGGUAACUUCAACGUACAGGGCUUCCGCGAAACUGCUGUUAUGUGGCUAGUCAACAACAAUCGACCUUUGCACGAGUUUGAAACCAAGUCCUUCCGUACAAUGAUAAAGUACGCCAAUCCAGAGGCAGAGGCAGCGCUGUGG